AAUUCUCUCGUUAGCCAUAUCUCCAGGCACGGCGGAGUCUCUGCGAGUGGCAGAAAGAACACAACCAAAGACAUGCCGUCAUCGAUGGCGUGGACACGAGCGCGAUGACCAGAGAACAGCUGGAGGCAUUUGCACAUCGUCUCCGCAAUGAGAUGGAACGCGAGCGCGAGGAGAGGAACUUCUUCCAGGUGGAGCGUGACAAAUUGCGCACGUUCUGGGAGAUUACGCGCAAUCAAUUAGAGGAAGCCCGCGCAAUAAUUCGCAAUAAAGAUCGCGAGGUGGAGAUGGCCCAGGAAAUGGCUGAAGUGGACAUCAAGCACGUGACACAGCAGAUAAAGCAUCUUCAGUAUGAAAAUAAAAUCCAUCUCGGGGAAAUGAAGGCUGAGUACAUGACACAGUUGAAGAUGGCCCAGGAAGAUCAUGGGAAGCAAGAACAGGAACUCCUCAAGGAUAAACGUGAACUUCGACGACUUCUCCGUGAGAAAGAAGAGAGUACCGAGUUGCAGAUUCAGCAGCUAAAAUUGAGUCACAGCGAGGGGCUCAGUGAGGAGAGGAGUCGCUACGAGAGGGAACUGAAGGAGCUUUUGGUGCAUCAGGAAGCCAAAAUGGAUCGUUUUAUGCAGGAAUGUAGCGUGAAGAAUCGCAUGGAAGUUGCUGAGGUGGAAGAGCGAAAAAACACCCAAAUCUCGCGGCUCAUUGAGGCUCACGAUCGUGCAUAUCAGGAGCUGAAGAUGUACUACAAUGACAUCACUCUCAACAACCUAGCCCUGAUCAGUAGUCUCAAGGAGCAAAUGGAGGAGUUAAGGCAGCAAUCUGAGAAAAAUGAGCGCACUGUGGGGGAAGUUACAGCGGAAAAUAAGCGUCUUGUUGAGCCACUGCAGCAAGCUAAGACUGAACUUGCGGAACUCCGGAAGAAACUUGAGAACUACGACCGAGACAGGAGUGCACUGUCUCGUUCCAAGACACGCUGCAAGACGGCCGAGAAGAAACUGAAUGAUCACAAGUGGGAGAAUGAGGAGAUAAAGAUGCGCCUUGAAGCUGUAACCGAAGAACGAGAUAGUCUUCGAAGUAAAUUUGAAGAAGCUGUGCUGGAACUUCAGCAAAAAGCUGGACUCAAGAAUGUUCUGCUCGAAAGGAAGAUCUGCAUGAUGGAACAGGAAACUGAGAAGAGAGAAGCUGUCCUUGGAGAGGUUCUGUCUGUGGCAGGAAUGGAGCCUCAAGCUUUAAGUAUUCGAGUUGAAAAAUUGAUUCAAAUCAAGACGGACAAAAUUCAGGAUCUCCAAUUUGAGCUUAUAAAGAUCACAAAGAAAUUCAAUGAACUAUUGAAAUAUUUUCAGCAUAGAAUGGAAUCUUUGGGGGUAGGACUAUCUGGGGAAGAGCUAGAAUUUCAACCACUCAAAGUACCAGACUACAAAUUAUCCGGCCAUUCUGCCAUCAAAUACCUCUGAAUUUUUUAAAAGAAAAUUUCCUUCUAAAUUUGGAAGUUUCAUAAAUUUAAAGUAUUUUUCUUUAUUAUAUUUUUAGAAAUAAAUAAAAC